GGGUUCCCCGGGGUCCCGAUAAGGCGGUGUCACGGGGGCGUGGCCGCAGUUGGGGGCGUGGCCAUCGGGGCGGGUCCCCGGGGGUCCCGGCACGGCGCCGUCAUGGCGGGGGUGUUCGACAUCGACCUGGAGACCGAGGAGGGCAGCGACGGGGACGAGCCCGAGCUGGGAGCCGAGAUGGAGCUGGAGCCCCGGGGGAACGGCCUGGAGCCGGUGGGACACUAUGAAGAGAUCGAGAUUUCCGAGAGCAGCGUCAACAAUGGCCCCGAGCACAUCGGCCCCCACUGCUUCGAGCUGCUCCGCGUGCUGGGCAAGGGUGGCUACGGCAAGGUGUUCCAGGUGCGCAAAGUGCAGGGCACCAACACGGGGAAGAUCUUCGCCAUGAAGGUCCUGAAGAAGGCCAAGAUCGCCUGCAACGCCAAGGACACGGCACACACCCGGGCGGAGAGGAACAUCCUGGAGGCCGUCAAGCACCCCUUCAUCGUCGACCUCAUCUAUGCCUUCCAGACGGGUGGCAAGCUCUACCUCAUCCUGGAGUGCCUCAGCGGUGGAGAGCUCUUCAUGCAGCUGGAGCGGGAAGGGAUCUUCCUGGAGGACACUGCCUGUUUCUACCUGAGCGAGAUCACUCUGGCACUGGGUCACCUGCAUUCCCAUGGGAUCAUCUACCGGGAUCUUAAGCCAGAGAAUAUUAUGCUCAAUAGCCAAGGUCACAUCAAGCUGACAGACUUCGGGCUGUGCAAGGAGUCCAUCCACGACGGAGCCGUCACCCACACCUUCUGCGGCACCAUCGAGUACAUGGCCCCCGAGAUCCUGGUGCGGAGCGGGCACAACCGGGCGGUGGACUGGUGGAGCCUGGGCGCCCUGAUGUACGACAUGCUCACCGGAUCGCCGCCGUUCACUGCCGAGAACCGCAAGAAGACCAUCGACAAGAUCCUCAAGGGGAAGCUGGUGCUGCCGCCGUACCUGACACCCGAUGCUCGGGAUCUCCUCAAGAAGUUCCUCAAGCGGAAUCCCAGCCAGAGGGUUGGGGGUGGUCCUGGUGAUGCGGCCGAUGUGCAGAAACAGCCUUUCUUCCGCCAUAUCAACUGGGAGGACCUGCUGGCGCGCAGGCUGGACCCCCCCUUCAAACCCUGCCUGCAGUCGGAGGAGGACGUGAGCCAGUUCGACACCCGCUUCACCCGCCAGACCCCCGUGGACAGCCCCGACGAUGCUGCCAUCAGCGAGAGCGCCAACCAGGCCUUCCUGGGCUUCACCUACGUGGCCCCCUCCGUUCUGGAGAGCAUCAAGGAGGGGUUCUCCUUCCAGCCCAAGGUGCGCUCCCCCCGCCGCCUCAACAGCAGCCCCCGCACCCCCGUCAGCCCUGUGAAGUUCUCCCCCUUCGAGGCGUUCAAGCCAGUGGCCCCAGGCGACCCCAUGGAGUUGGGGCCCCCUCAGCCCCCCCCACCCGAGGGCACGGCCCCCCUGCCCAUCAAACCCUCAGGGGGGGCCAAGAAGCAGAAGGGGGGCCGGGGGCGGGUGCCCAGGUAGG